CUGCACAAUCCCAUUCUUGUCCUGGUUGCAACAGCAUUCCGGGGUGGAGAGGAACCUCGAUGCGCUUGUAAAUGUCUCUUGUCGAUAAUAUUUAUUAAUAUCUUGGACUAUAUAUGCGAUUUAUAUCUGAGCAGGCUAUGAGUCUCCCAGGAACAACUCAUGAACAGUGAGUUAUGAAUCUCCACCUGACUACACCCACCCUCGUCGUCUCCAGUUACUGUAUCACCCGCCACCGCAGCGCUGACUACCAACGCCAAGGCUGGCACUAGCGGCCUGGCUCCGACUUGUUCCACACAAAGAAGAAAAAAACCAAACUGCGAGAAGGAGAGAGAGAGAGAGAAGAAAACCCUCCCCAGCUGCUGUCCAGACACACAUGCUGCAUUGCUCCCAUACCCAAGCCUGCAUCCCAGCGGCCUGGCCUCCUGCUAGCUCUUGGCACCAAUAGGGAAGGCCUACACUACAGGAUAUAAAUAUAUCCAGUGUGUGCUUCAGUGUUUUUCUUUCUCCUCCCACCCCCCCACCCCCCUCCCCCUCCCCUAGUCACCCUCACGCCUAGAGGGUUACACACCCCCGUUACCUGUCUCCUCCCGCUUGUCUGAAUAGUGGAAGUGAUUGGCUGGACGGGGCUGAGCCAGAGGCAAACUGAGAGAGAGGGACAGAGCUAAGCAAUGGAGCCCAACAUGGAGUACUGUCUUGCUCAGGUGCUGCAGAAGGACAUGGGUCGCAGGCUGCAGGUCGGCCAGGAGCUCAUCGACUACAUAUCUGACAGGGACAAGUCACAUGACCUGGAUCAGGACCAAUCAGACCUGGACAAGAUGGUGGAUGGCAUCGCUACCACCUGGGUCAACUGUAGCAACUUCAAGGUUGCUUUGCUAGGAUUGGAUCUUUUGUCUGCCUUAGUGACAAGGUUACAGGAUCGCUUCAGGACACACUUGGGAGCAGCCCUGCCCAGCCUGAUAGACCGCCUGGGCGAUGCCAAAGACCAAGUCCGCGACCAAGACCAAAUCCUGCUGCUGAAGAUCAUGGAACAAGCUGCAACACCGCAGUACGUGUGGGACCGAAUGCUGGGAGGCUUCAAACACAAGAACAACAGAACCAGAGAAGGAGUUUGCCUCUGCCUCAUCUCUACCCUUAACAUGUAUGGGGCACAGGGCUUGACCCUCAGUAAAAUCGUCCCCCACAUCUGUAACCUGCUGGGAGACCCCACCAGUCAGGUGAGAGACGGGGCCAUGGCCUGCCUGGUGGAGAUCUACAGACACGUGGGGGAGAGGGUGAGGAUGGACCUCAGCAAGAAGGGCCUGCCCCAGUCACGGUUGAACGUCAUCUUCAGCAAGUUUGACGAAGUCCAAAGAUCUGGGAACAUGAUUCCUUCCUCAGGCUCAGACAAGAACUUUGAUGACGAGGACUCGGUGGACGGAGGCCGGUCCUCCUCCUCCUCAUCCUCCAAGGCGCCCCCCGGUGGCCGGAGGCCCGUGGCCCCGGGCGUCGUCAGGAGGCCCAGCUCGGCCGGCGCGGCCAAGGUCGCAGGUAAAGAGGGUGCCAGUGCAGGUGGUGUCGACGAGGAGGACUUCGUCAAGUCCUACGUGGACGUGCCGACCAUCCAGCUCCACUCCAACCGUGAGAUGGAGGAGCACAUGAGCAAGGUGCGGGAGGUGCUGUCCGACGACAAGCACGACUGGGAACACCGCGUGGUGGCGCUCAAGAAGGUGCGCUCGCUCCUAUUGGGCGGAGCCUUGGAGUACGAGGGCUUCCCCCAGCAGCUCCGCCUCCUGGAAGCCCCGCUGAAGCUGUCGGCGAAGGACCUGCGCUCCCAGGUGGUCCGCGAGGCCUGCAUCACCCUCGGGCAUCUGUCGUCUUUACUGGGCAACAAGUUUGACCACGGGGCGGAGAGCGUCAUGCCCACGCUCCUCAACCUGGUGCCCAACAGCGCCAAGAUCAUGGCCUCUUCUGGGGUGGUCGCCAUCCGCCUCAUCCUGAGGCAAACACACUACCCGCGCCUCAUCCCCAUCAUCACCAGUAACUGCACCUCCAAAUCCGUGGCGGUGAGAAGGCGCUGCUACGAGUUCCUGGACCUCAUGUUACAAGAGUGGCACACACAAACCCUGGAGAGACACGUGGCCGUCCUCACCGAGACCAUCAGGAAGGGGAUCCACGACGCCGACUCUGAGGCCAGAUCUGUCGCCAGGAAGUGCUAUUGGGGUUUCCAUGGCCACUACAGCCGGGAGGCGGAGCAUUUGUUCCAGGCACUGGAGUCGACCUAUCAGAAGGCUCUCCAAUCACACCUGAAGAGUUCUGACAGCAUUGUGUCCCUGCCCCAGUCCGACCGCUCCUCCUCCAGCUCCCAGGAGAGCCUCAACCGGCCGCUGUCUGUCAAGGGGGUCAUAGGAGGCAGCAUGUCGCGGAGUAAGAUGAUCAGCUCCAGGGUCUCCUCCACGCCCGGCUCCCUCCAGCGCUCCCGUAGCGACGUCGACGUCAACGCCGCCGCAAGCGCCAAGUCCCGCCUCUCCACCGUCCCCUCGGCGUCUCCCUUCAGCUCUGCCUCCGCCCUGCCUCCAGGGUCCUACGCCUCCCUAGGCCGAGUGCGUACCAGGAGACAGAGCUCAGGAAGUGCUGUGGGGGCCUCCAGCACUGUGGUGGACAGCAGGGGGCGCAGCCGAGCCAAAGUGGUUUCCCAGUCGCAGCCGGGCAGUCGCUCCAGCUCCCCAGGCAAGCUGCUGGGCCACGCCUACGGGCGGAUCCCCCGAGCCACCGUGUCGGCCUCCAGCACGCCGCUGGACCGGAGGAGCAAGAUCCCCCGCAGCCAGGGCUGCAGCCGGGAGAGCAGCCCCAGCCGCCUGGGCUUGGCCAGUGGUAAAGCUCUUCUUCCUGCCGCUCUCCCCUACCGCACGCUAGCCCGGAGCCGCAUCCCCCGGCCCAGCAUGAGUCAGGGCUGCAGCCGCGACACCAGCCGCGAGAGCAGCCGCGACACCAGCCCCACCCGGGGCUUCGCUCCUCUGGCCUCCCGACGGCACUCCCGCUCCACCAGUGCGCUCUCCACGGCCGACCCCCACGGCCAGUCAGACCGGUAUGGCCUGCUCCACCAGGCCAGGAUCUCGGCAUCGGUCAACGCCAUGCGAGUCCUCAACACCGGCACUGAGGUGGAGGCGGCCGUGGCAGAUGCCCUGCUGUUAGGAGACUCCAGGAACAAGAGGAAGCCGAUGCGGCGGCGCUACGAGUCCCCGGGCAUCUACUCGGACGACGACGCCAACAGCGACGCCAGCAGCGCCUGCUCCGAGCGCUCGUACAGCUCCCGCAACGGCGGCGGCGGGGGGGGGGGCGGCCUGCCGCACUACCUGCGUCAGACGGAGGACGUGGCCGAGGUGCUCAACCACUGCGCCAGCUCCAACUGGUCUGAGAGGAAGGAGGGCCUGCUGGGCCUGCAGAACCUGCUGAAGAGCCAGAGGAUCCUCAGCCGCGUGGAGCUGAAGAGACUGUGUGAGAUCUUCACCAGGAUGUUUGCCGACCCACACAGCAAGAGAGUGUUCAGCAUGUUCUUGGAGACCCUGGUAGACUUUGUCACGGUGCACAGAGAGGACCUCCAGGACUGGCUGUUCGUCCUGCUCACCCAGCUGCUGAAGAAGAUGGGGGCCGACCUGCUGGGCUCCGUCCAGGCCAAGGUCCAGAAGGCUCUGGACGUGACCAGGGAGUCUUUCCCCUUCGACCAGCAGUUCAACAUCCUGAUGAGGUUUAUCGUAGACCAGACACAAACGCCCAACCUCAAGGUGAAGGUGGCCAUCCUGAAGUACAUCGAGUCCCUGGCCAGGCAGAUGGAUCCCACAGACUUUGUCAACUCCAGUGAAACCCGCUUGGCCGUGUCGCGCAUCAUCACGUGGACCACGGAACCGAAGAGUUCCGACGUCAGGAAGGCUGCCCAGGUGGUGCUGAUCUCCCUGUUUGAGCUCAACACCCCCGAGUUCACCAUGCUGCUGGGGGCGCUGCCCAAGACCUUCCAGGACGGAGCCACCAAGCUGCUCCACAACCACCUGAAGAACUCCAGCAACACCAGCAGCAGCGUGGGUUCUCCGAGCAACACGAUUGGCCGAACGCCACCCCGCCUCACCCCCAGUCGCUCCAGCCCCUUGACCUCCCCGACCAACUGCUCCCACGGAGGACUGUCUCCCAGCAUGACGGAGUACGACACGGAGAACAUGAACUCGGAGGAGAUCUACAGCUCGCUGCGCGGCGUCACCGAGGCCAUCCAGAGCUUCAGCUACCGCAGCCAGGAGGACCUCAAAGAGCCCAUGAGACGAGACGGCAAGAGGGACGAGGGCGCUGGGAGGGAAGGGGGGAUGGCCUCCCCGGGCUCUGACGCCCGCCUGGGGCUGGAUGUGGUCGAGGGAGGGCGUACGGCCCUGGAUAACAAGACGUCCCUGCUCAACACCCCGUCACCCCGCUCCUUCUCCGGGCCGCGGGGCCGCGAGUUUGCCCCCUACGGCUACGGGGACACCAUCAGCACCUACGACAAGAGCGCCCUGAAGGAGGCCGUGUUCGACGACGACGUGGAGCAGUUCCGCGACUGCCGCCGGCAGGACUGUGGAGAAAACAAGAUGGUGGUCGUCAAGGGCUUUGCACCUGACCUGGUGGCCGACCUGCUGAAGGAGCUGUCCAAUCCCAACGAGCGCGUGGACGAGCGCAAGGGGGCGCUGGUGGAGCUGCUGAAGAUCACGCGGGAGGACAGCCUGGCCGUGUGGGACGAGCACUUCAAGACCAUCCUGCUGCUGCUGCUGGAGACCCUGGGGGACAAAGACCACACCAUCAGGGCCCUGGCUCUGAGAGUCCUGAAGGAGAUCCUGAGGAACCAGCCCAUCCGCUUCAAGAACUACGCCGAGCUCACCAUCAUGAAGACCCUGGAGGCCCACAAAGACUCGCACAAAGAGGUGGUGCGGGCCGCAGAGGAGUCAGCUGUCACCCUGGCCGGCUCCAUCCAUCCAGAGCAGUGCAUCAAGGUGCUGUGUCCCAUCGUCCAGACGGCCGACUACCCCAUCAACCUGGCCGCCAUCAAGAUGCAGACCAAGGUGAUCGAGCGCAUCACCAAGGAGUCCCUGGUCACCCUGCUGCCCGACAUCAUCCCCGGGCUGCUGCAGGGCUAUGACAACACAGAGAGUAGCGUGCGCAAGGCCAGCGUGUUCUGUCUGGUGGCCAUCUACUCCGUGAUUGGUGAAGACCUCAAACCGCACUUGGCCCAGCUCACCGGCAGCAAGAUGAAGCUGUUAAACUUAUACAUUAAGAGAGCCCAGACCACCAACAGCAACAGCAGCAGCUCCUCUGACGUGUCCUCGCACAGCUAGUGGAGCAGUAGGACCUCCGCCUAGUCUGUCUGCUGCUGGCCUGGAGGUGGAGGAACAUCAUGAAAUGACCUGGGAUUUAGUAGUGCCUGACCUUCUCCUUCAUCUCCUGUGCUUCAGCCCCGCUGGACUCCCACAGCAGACCCUGUCUCCAUGCCCACCCGUCAUGGCUGCCAUCGGUUCAGUUCUGUUCCCCCUGAUGUUCACUCAUGAUGAGUUUCUGUUUCCUCAGUAAACCUUCUCCUCGUUUCUGCGUCAUCUGUUUCCUCCCCCUUUUGUACAGAAUGUUGGAUUGUUGAGUUUCUCCAUAGAGGACUCCUGCGUUUUGACUGUUCUAAAGGUUCUCAAUAGGAGGCCAGUUCAUCUACGACCACACGUCAGGUGGGCUGGAUGUCUUUCCCUAAUGUAAAGUGGUCUGUUGAGCUUUUCCAGUUGUUGCCUGAAGGUUGUUAUGCUGUGGUGUAAUAGUAUCCUGACGUGUCUUUAGAUGUUACUCCUAAUCCGCUUGUUUUGUUGGAGGAACACCUUCUGAAGGGGCCGAAGUAAAGUGAUUUCACUUUUGAAUUUUAGUUUUGUGAUAAAGAAUCAUUUGGCUGGCCCAGUGAUGAUGUAAUGGCCAUUUGGAUCUGGCAAAACUUGGGGGGGGGGGAAAUACAUUUAACAUGUAUAAUUACAUCACGUAAUUAUAAGCAUUAUUUAAAACUAAAUUGAAGAGAACACCAGUUUGACACAGUGAAGUUUAUGUUUGUCACUUGAAUUUUGUCACUUUGAAAACUAAAGGUCUAGCACGUUAUACCUUUCGUCUAUAAUUUGGAUUUAAAAUUUGACCGGAAAGUGAGAACAUUUUGAAUUUAAGUUGAGCCCAUCUUAAGACCUAAACACAAGAAUUACAGGAAUACCAUGUAAAUGGCUCUUGUUUUCUAACUAAAAGACUGACAAUCUGAGAUGAAAACUGGCAUAAAAUUUGCAAUCAGGUUUGUGACAAGGUCCUUUUUUUUGGUGCUGUUAAGUAUGUUGAACACUGAAUGACCCACCAAGUUUAGAUUGGAAACAAUCAGCCUGUUGUCAGUGUUGUCAACUAAACACCACACAAAGGCUCAAAACAUUACUUUUGACUCAUUUUUUGUUUAAUAAACACACUCGUGAGUGCAUCUGUUGCAAGUCUACGAUGCUGCUGCUUAAAGAAGUCUCCCUUGUCUGACAUGAAUAUCACAUGAUGUAAAUAGUGUUACCAGGCUCAGUGUUUGAGGUCAAACUACCAGGUUGUGUGAUAUAUAUAUAUACACACACCACAGUCAGGCCUGACCACUUGGACUGAGGAGAGGGGAUGGAUGUAAAGUGAUGUAAUUGUCAGCUCUUCAGAAUGUGUAACCCCAACAGAAAUAAACUGACCUGCAAACUGACAUUUUGGUAUUGACCCAUCAUGAUGCAAAUACGUUUAGUUUGUUUAUCGAGCACCAUUCCCACCCCUCCCUCCAUGUGACAACAGGUUUUUGCUAUAUCAGUAAAGUAUUUUGUAAAUAAACCUUUGGACACCGCUUCGCAAUUUUCAUAAGAUGAAAUAACAGUUUGGCUAUAUCACUUUUUUGCACGUUAGCAAAAAGCUUGCAUGUACUGUACUGUGGCAACACAGCUAUGUUCAUGGGCCCAGUUUUUGGCUGUUGAAGUGCACUUGUAACCUCAUUUACAGUGUAGUCAGCCUUUACAGACUAAUGUUUCUGUAUAGGCAAGGUACUGUAGCCAUGUGUUACACUCAAUGAGCUUCUUAAGUUGACCAAAUCCUCGCAAUGUCUGUUUAGACAACUUUUAACUGGAUGUAAUGCUAAGAAUUAUGGCUGCCCUGGAAAAAACACCUCUUCUGGAGAUGUGGGGUGGGCUAUUAGGGAAUGUGGCUUCUGAAAAUGUUUACUUUGGUACUAUUUGACUUUCCUCCAAUUGACGCAACAAAUUAAGAUCACCAAAUUGUUUCCUUCUGUUCUAAAAAUUGAGUCUCUAUCCUCUGCGAGUGACUGUUUUGUGUAAAGGAGAAGCAAACCAGUAGAAAGUUUUGCUGGUAACGUUUUGGUAGUUUACUGUCAAGAUAAUCUGAUGCAUUGUUGGCCACUAAAGUAAGUUAUUCCUAUUGAUCUGUUCACUAUGCAUGUUAUUAUUUUUCUUUCUUUUGUCCUGUUUUGUCAUGUAAUAUUAUUAUCUGUAUUUAUAUGUUUCUUUUACUUUUUUUGUUUGUUUCUCAUGACAACUGUACAGAAUGGUUUUGUUAACAGCCACCUGUGAUAGAUUUGCCACAUUGUAAAUUUGUUUGCUUUAGAAAUAAACCAACGAGAAAGUU